CCACGGGUUCCGCCCACUGCCGCCCUUCCCGCAACCGCAAAGGACUGACGUGCGCCCGCUUCGUUAUCAAAGCCUCGCCUAAACCUCCGAAAGUCCCGCCCUCGUGCAUGCACUUCGCAUCUCGAUUUCCGCGCCCAGGGAGUUCCGUCAUCGCUGCACAGACCGCACACAGAAAGCCAGUCGCUGGGCGGCGCCCAACAAUGGUGCUGUCGCCGCUGCAGAUCGGCGAUCACGGCCCGUCCCCAGGUUCAGCUCCCGCUCCGACGUCAGCUCCAGCUCCACCAAGUGUCAGCGGCCCCAGGCCCCGUGAGCGGAUCCGCAAACGGUGGCACUCGACGGUAGCUGUGCCGGCGCCUACCUUUGUGUAUUGCGCAAGUCCGCGUCCGGCCAUCCCAGGCCUCUAGUCUAUCCCAUGGACCGGAGUGUGUCUCCGGAGGGCGAUCCCCUGGCCAUCCUCGCCGCCGCGGAGAGCUUGACAGGAAUGGUGUUCGAUGAUGACGUUGAGGAGGCUUUCAUCAAAGAGGAGUCAUCAAGCCCAGUCGCGGACGACGAUAGGCCGUUCAUGGUCAGGCGACUACAGCCGUUCAAAUUCAAACCUCCGGCGCCCACCCAAAAAUCGUCGGGUACGCCAGCCGGAAAGGUCAAGGCAACAACAGGGCAAAACCAAGCUGCCAGAGCUGGAAGACAUGGUGGGAAGGGGUCUGCCGCUUCAAAGACUGCCCAUCUGCGGGACUCCCAGGCGGCUGGGCAGCCCAUUGUCCCGCGGAAAAUCGAGGAUUGGGAGCCUUGGAAGAGCGUCCUCCACGAGCUGUACAUCACACAAAACCGCAUAUUACGUGAGAUCAUCGGCAUUAUGGAGACAAAGUACAACGUCAGAGCCACACCCAAGAUGUACAAGAACCAGUUCGCAAGAUGGGGGUUUUUCAAAUACACCGUCAAGAAGCGGCCGCGGACCAAGGUCGAGUCACCCACCGACCAGAGCUCGGAUGACUCUCUAGACGACGGCACGCUCGUCUUGUCGUCGAGAGACUCGCUGAUGCACGACAGCGACGGGUCUCGUGGCAUGCAGGUUGGACUAGCAGCCGUCCGCCGAUUUAUCCACGGGCACAUCGACCAAGACUCGGCCAAUCUCCGAGCCGAAGAGGUCGCCGGAUACGUCGACCCUUGCUACAGGUACUUCAAAGUCGCCAUGGACCUAUUCGACCUCAAAGAGAACAUGGAUGGCGGCCGCGUUCUCCGCCUCGCCUUCCUGCAGAUCGAGCGCAAGAUAUCCAAACCCACCAUGAAAUCCUUCUCCGAUCUCUGCUUCCUUGUGCCCCACCUCUUACUCGAAUCCGGUCGUAAAGACAUCCUCGCGGCCUACCUGCGCUACCUCGCACGCCUCGCCAGCGUCAAGUUCGGCAAACAUCCGGUCGCUGAACUGGCGGCCUCCUUCGCCAGCCUCGUCGACGACCGGCCCGAGGACAUCAUGCGCUACAUCAUGCGUCUCUCCCAGAUAAACGCCGACACCAUCGCCAGCCUUCCCGGUAUGCUCGAUCGCAACCGUCAGUGGGCCCGCAAUCAGUACCUCGCCUGCCAGCGCACCAUUAGCAGCAGCAGCAGCAGUGCCAGCAGCAUCGCGGAGUCGUCAUGGGAUAGCGGCAGCAGCGGCAGUGGGAGAGUGGUGAGCUGUGGCCGGCAACACGAGCACCACAUGCUCCGCGUCGAGGCGCAGAGCGUGUACUGGGCGCAACUGCUCGUCGUGCAGGACCCGGUGGGCAACCAGCUGGCGGAGGAGUGGCUGCGCAGGCGGUUCCUGAAGGAUUUCGGUGUGCGAUGCGAGGCGCACCUCGCGCGGCUGAAGCAGAGCGUCGCAAGCGGGCAGUUUCCUGCUAUGUUUGCGUGCAUGAUGGAGUGUCUGUACGUCGGAUGGCUGUUUGAUUAUUACGAGACGGUAGAGGACUGGGACCGGGCGUUUGAGUGGGGCCGACGGGGCCUUGAGCUAUCGACGGACGAGCAGUAUGCCCUCUGGUCGAUUCACCUAGAGGGCUUGAUGCGGAGGCAUGGGCGGGUCGAGGAGGCGGACGAGCUGGAAAGGAGGCGGCGGGCACACGCGUGGCUGGAGAAGGUCAGGUUGGAGGUCGACAGGCUGACUCUUAGCUGACGCCAGAUGGCGAUGGCGAUACCAUGUAAGAGGAGUCAGGGGGCCCACGGGAGUGCGCCAACAUCAGCGUGGCGCACUGAGGGUUCGGAUUCAUACUUGUGGGUGACAAUCCUGGUGUCCUGGGAGGGUUGGCGAGGUCAGGGAUCUCUUCUCGG